UUGAUUUCGUGGAACCAAAUUUUCUUCCGUUUUGUUUUUCAACAAUAGGUUUAGAUAUAUUGCUAGCGAGAUUCUUGCGUUCAUAGGAAAUGUUAACAUACAAAUAAACGAUUCACGAUGGGAUGUGUAUCCAGUAAACCUGUGAAAGUCGUGCCACCAAUUCAAGUCGUGCCACCAAUUCAAGUCGUUAUUACUCCAGAUUUGCCGCCACCACCGAAAGAAGAGGAACCGGAGACUUCGUCCGAUCAUAUAUUCAUAGGGACGGAUGAUGCAACAGAAACGGUGAAAAUACCAAAUGAAUUGGACGAGUACAGUGAAUUGAAACCACAGAACUCGAUCAAGGUAUGUGAAGAUAAAGAAAAAUAUGCCAAGUUCUUUGAGAACUGGUCACCAAUUCUACAAAGCGAUGAGGACAGCGACGCCAUUUCUACUGCGGGAAACAAUUCAGAAGAGGCACAACAUAAACUGACGAUGGAAGACAUUGACAAACGAGCGCGAGAGGCUCCUGCAGAACGAGCAGAUAGUUUUGAUAAUCUUAAAGACUAUCUGCUGGAUGGUUUGUCUGGCCAUGAGGAGGAGGAGAAGUUGAGUGUCCGGGCCAUCAUAGUGUGGCUCGGGGAACAAGAUCUUAAAGACUGGACUGAUGUGCCUCCAUCUAGAGACUCGCCUAAGGGAUUCUUGGCUCUACUCGCGCAGAAAAAUUCUCUCUUCGUAACAUUCUUUACAGUUCUCUGCAGAGAGUUUGGUUUGAAGUGUGUCAAGGUACGUGGAAUUUCAAAGGCGGGGGAUUAUCAGCCGGGGGAAGAGGUAGAAAGUUCGAAAUAUGGAGACACUUGGGCCGCUGUUUUUGUAAACAGGAGAUGGCAAAUUGUGCACCCAUACUGGGUCUGCAAAAGUCUUGUAGGACGUAAUGCUGGUGGAUGGAUAAAAUUAGAGGAAAACGGGAAAACAAUUGGUAGAAAAGAAAAAGAGUCAGUCGGCGUUUUAAGAAAAGCUUUCAAGGAGUACUAUAUUUUUCCGGAUCCGGAUGAAUUCAAAUACCGGUGUCAUCCUGACGACGAAAAGUGGCAGUUAACUAAGAAUUCCGUAAAGAGGAAUGAAUUUUCCCGCAUGCCUUACUUAUUUCCUACAUUUUUCGGAAUGGGUUUAAAAUUGAUAUCCGCAAAUACGUGCUUAUUAACUAGCGACACGGGAGAGUCUUUAAUUGAGAUACAAGCCCCUUUGAAGAACGCAAACACACUAGACUUGUGGUAUGAACUAUACCUAAAGGAGGGGACAGGGAAUAGCGAUGAAGAAAAUAUGAUGUUACAGGCUGAAAACAUCCCAAAACUGGUCGCCAUGAUACGAUGUGGCGACGUCUGGCGAUUUAAGAUGAACUUGCCAAUCAAAGGAGCUUUCAAACUUUGUUGUUACGGUGGUCCUCAUAAAUCUCCACUCUCCAGAAUUGCUGAAUUUCGCAUUGACAAUCAUGUACCGAAGAAAAUCUGUAAAAUUAUCCCGUUUAACCCUGGACGUGUCGGAUUUGGCCCGGGACCUGCCGCUACCGCAGCAAACUUUUUCACACCGUCACAUUCAGAUGGACAAAUACCGAUACAGAUGAAUACUAAAUUGGAAAUUUCUUUUACAGUGAUCAAAUCUGUAAUCGAAAAGAGAUCGAUUGUAGCAUUACUGCACAAAAAUGACAUGGAACCUGAAGAACUGGAUCGGCAUGUUGAAGUAGAAAUAAGAAAAGAAAGACGCAUGAUACUUAUUCGAACUGAUGCUCCCAGUGAAGGCGAAUAUGCUCUCACAAUUCAUUCUUGCGUGAAGGAGGAAAGAGCACAUCCUAGUCGUUGGUACGCUCAGAAUGGUGUAAAUGUCUGUAACUACCUGCUCACCACAAUGGUAAAACAACAUGAGAGAGCUAAUCAGAAGAUUGCUAGGAAGAAGUUGCAAGACGCGUUAUCGUCAGUUGAUGUUGGGCGAAAUUUCUUGAGCAGCUUUGAUGUAUUUUCGCAAGCCAUAGAAAAAUGUAUCAAGGAGAAAAUAAAUGAAAAUGAUAACGACAUUGUGUCAGCCAAGACUAAAGUAGAUCUUCUAAAACUGAAGAACGAUGCUCGUGAUGCAAAACUUCGGAAUCAAUACCAUGUGACUGAAAGAACACUGCGAAGAUUGAAAUCUUCUGUGUAUGCACCAAUCUGUGCCAUGGAAAUUUCCGAGCUGGAAAGUAUCCUUAAAAAGUUAGAGGGUGAGAGAGAUAAUUUUCUUUGAUUGAAAUCAAGGCGAGUAUGCUGAAGAAAGAAAAAAAUGACAAAACGGCAAGACUCAUCAUAACCAGCUGCGUCACUCUUCACGGAGACAAUAAAAGAUCAAUAUGGAGAAACUUGAUUUAUGAUGGCAUAUUUAUUUUACAAAAUAUCCUUUGUAACCAGACAUUUGCAUUCUUCCAAAAAGUCAUUAUAAUGUCGUCUGUUUUUCUACAUUUUUUUUUGACAAAUCCACCGAAAGUUCCAACAAGACAACUGCAUCUGAGAAGACUGUGUAAUUAUCUUGCAAUUCAACGUAUUACUUCACACGUCAACAUAAUUUAAUUGCCCUAAAUCUAUAUCAACUUACCAGGUGUUAUGUUCACUUAUGAAAGGUGAUGAUAACGAACUCCUAUAUGCAAUGCAAAAUAGAUAGUUGGGCAAACACUGACCCUUGGAUAUACCAGAGGUGGGAUCAGGUGUUAAGGAGGAGGAAGCAUCCCCUGUCGACCGGUCACACUCGCCGUGAAACCAUAAACAAAACAAGCUCUUGUGUAUCGAAUCAGUUGAGAGAUAUAAACACCAUAUGCAGGUGAUAAUGGAAUAUUGCUACAUCAAAAUGGAAAGUUGACGAUGGAAAAAUUGAAAUCAUCCUGUUUGUCAUAAAGUUGAGUUGUUAGUUUGCCGUUGAUAUCUAUUUUCAAUAAAAUAUUUAAGUACGAAGCAGAA